CCCAUUAAUUCCCGGGCACCGGCCCCGCUCGCCGCCCCGCGCCGCGCCGCCAUCGCCGCUCGCCCGCGCCCCGGGCGGGGGAUUGCGCUGGAAAUAGCUUUCUCCCUCGAGGAUGAGACAUCGGUGAGCAGCGAGGACUUUGAUAUGAAUGACUCCACAUGGAUCUCAGCUGACCAGCACCUGAACUCCAGCCUGAGCCCCAGCCAGGACGAGAGCAUGCGCAGCCCGCAGAACCUGCACAGCCAGGAGGACGAUGACUCCUCAUCGGAGAGCUGCAGCGGGAAUGGCUCCUCCACCCUGAACCCCUCCACCUCCAGCAGCACGCAAGGCGAUAGCGCCUUCCCCGAGAUGAACGGCAAUGGAACCGCUGCCCCCAUGGACUUCACCGCCUCCGCCGACGACCAGCCCAUCAACCUCUGCGACAAGCUCACGCCUGCCCACGUCACACCUUCCUACCAGUCGGACAGCUGCAGCACCGACGGGCUGCGCAGCAGGGUGAAAUACGCAGUGAAGGCGACGGCAGAGUCCCCUCCAUACAGCUCUGGUAGCUAUGACUCCAUCAAAACGGAAGUCAGUGGCUGCCCUGAAGACUUGACUGUCGGCAGGGCUCCUACAGCUGAUGAAGAUGAUGAUGAUCAUGAUGACCACGAAGAUAACGAUAAGAUAAAUGACUCUGAAGGGAUGGACCCGGAGAGGCUAAAGGCCUUUAAUAUGUUUGUGCGCCUUUUUGUGGAUGAGAAUCUGGAUCGAAUGGUUCCCAUCUCCAAGCAGCCCAAAGAGAAAAUCCAGGCCAUCAUUGAGUCUUGCAGCCGACAGUUCCCCGAGUUCCAGGAGCGGGCUCGCAAACGCAUUCGCACUUACCUCAAAUCCUGCCGCCGCAUGAAGAAGAAUGGCAUGGAGAUGACCAGGCCCACACCUCCUCACCUGACCUCAGCCAUGGCAGAGAACAUCCUGGCAGCUGCCUGCGAAAGCGAAACACGGAAAGCAGCCAAGCGAAUGCGGCUGGAGAUCUAUCAGACAUCCCAGGAUGAACCGAUUGCUCUAGACAAGCAGCACUCCAGAGACUCCACGGCCAUCACCCACUCCUCCUAUUCACUGCCAGCUUCAUCUUACUCGCAAGAUCCAGUCUACAUCAAUGGAAGUUUGAACUACAGCUACCGUGGCUACGGGUCCCUGGGCGGCAGCCUGCAGCCACCCACUUCACUCCAGACAGGGAACCACAGUAACGGUCCUACUGAUCUCAGCAUGAAAGGGGGGGCCUCCAGCACAGCCCCGUCUAACAGCACCAGCAGGGGCAUGCAGGCUGCUCAGCUGAGUCCCACGGAGAUCAGUGCAGUGCGGCAGCUGAUUGCUGGCUACCGAGAGUCUGCAGCUUUCCUUCUUCGAUCUGCAGAUGAACUGGAAAACCUCAUUUUACAGCAGAACUGACUCCUCACAUCUGCAUUGCUCCUCUGUCGGAAGACAAUUUAUACCUGCUAGAAAGAGGCUCCCAGUGGUGUCCUGCUCAGGAACACCAUCGUCCUCCCAUGAAGCAGCGGGUACAUGUAGUUUUAGAAGGUGGAAUCCAAAAGACCUGUUUUCUUUUACACUCCAAGCACCUGGGACUUCAGGCACAAAGACACGUUUUUUGAACCAUACCAACACAUGUGCGUCUAGCUGACCAGAAGCCAAACCUGCAGCUUGGAAGGAUGUGGGACUUUCAAGGGCAGAAGGGAGCCUGGGGAGGUUUGGGGCUGCAGAUGUAUUUAGAAUAACCUUUGUGGACCCAAAUGUUAGAAUCCCAUCCCCAGAUAAUUUUCAAGUCUUAGGUGAGCUGAAUCACAUAUUUAUUGAGAAACGGACCCUCCUCUCCCCUUAGUAAUUUAUUUUUCUGAAAAUGGAUUCUUUUGAGUUUGUACAGAUUGCCAGUUUUUUGUCCGUCUGAUCAGAAGGAAUUUAUUCCUGUGAAAUAACACAUUCCAUAUCACUACACUACUAAUUUCCAGGCAGCUAUGCCUGUUUCUCUGGGGGGCCCUUGUCCCACAGGGUGCAAGCUUGCCAUCUAACCCUAGUACUUCUAGGCUGCUCAGCCUCCAGUAAGUAUAGGUGGAAGCUGAACGAUGAAGAAAGUGUCCUGUUUAGACCUGUGUUCUAAGCAGUCCUGUAGCAGCAGCAAUGGGGUCUAAAUCUCCUGCAGAGACUCAGCAAGCUCAGCAGACCUCCAGCUAGAAGAACGUCUCGCGCUCAUUUAAGUCAUUGCAGAUAAAGAAGGAAGGAAACAUCUGAGAAACACUGUCGUGCGUUCACCAUCUGUAUUCUACCUCACACUCCAUUGUGGGCUUUUUCCAGGACUCCUGAGCUGGUUCCGUGUGACUAUUAAGGGUAGCAGACAAGUGGAUAACACUGAGGAGGCUGAAACUAAACCAGCAGAUCAGCAGCUGACCAAGCUCCGCUGCCUUCCCGCUGCGGGCUGCUGCUGCUGGCCGGCAGCUCGCUGUGACCGCAGCUGUGUCCGACCGCUCAGCAAGGAAAGCUGUUUUCCCAAGUCUGCGUGAAACCAACACUGGGGGUAGCAACAAGAGAAUAAACCAUUUAGAAACCAUGCAUGGGUAUAAUAAAGGCUAGUGCAGACUCUCUGCGUGAAAAGCAGGCUCAAUUCAGCAAGGAGCUCUCUCCUUUCCAGAAGACAGAGACAGGCAACAUUCAGCAGCAAAACUGACAAAAGUUCUCCGGGGCUCAGGAUUCUCCCCCUUCUUCCCUGGUAACAGUCCUGGAACAAGCCCACAAUUCCCAAAGUGUGGAAAAAAAGUAGUCUGAUUACCAUUCUGCCCAGUUACCAACCCCCUCCCCCAGUAAUGCACUUCAUUUUGCUCAGUGCAAUACCUACUACCAGUGCUGCUAAAACCAGGGACUUAGCUCAGGCAUUAAGAUGCUGAACAGAGCUGAGCAAUGCAACGUGGUCUGUAGCCAUAUAGAGCAGCAGAGAACUGCUGUCGGAGAAUGCGAAUUCAUCCUGCUUCCUCCCGUCUCAGUGCUGGCGUAGAUCCUCCUUGCUCUCCUCUGGGGCACAAAUUGUCAUCACAAGAUAAAUUUGAUAAAUAUAAAACCGUAUUUGCUCAUCUUAAAUGUAGGUAGUUUCUCUUUUUGAAGCCAGCAGGGAUUUUUUAGGCCAGCUUGAGCCUGAUGAAAAAAGUUUCUGCUCUGCGGAGGGCCAACACCAUACUCACACAUAAAACAGCCGUGCUCAUACACAGGUUUGAGUUGUUACAGGUAGCUGAGGCUGGUCUCCAGCCAGGAGUGAACUCGAGCUGGUUAUUCAGUAGCCUUUAUAACCAACUAUGUUCCAAACACACUGGAAGAGAAACAAAAUCCUUACCCCAUUCUUAGUUUUAGAACAGAAAAAGCCACUGGCUUUUUAGAACAGACUUGCCUGGCCCAGCACCAGAAGGGAUUAACUACUGCAUUGACUGUUUUCCUCAAACCUUAAAGUUUUCCCAGUUGUUGAAAAAAGGGGACGUAAUUCCUGCCCCUUGGCGCAGUGUGUCCCUGCAGAGAUGAGAUGGUGGUUUGUUAAAUCUGAGUUAAUGCUGGAGUAAGGAGCAUCGUGAUUGUUCAGAAACGUCUCUAGGAUACCCGGACUUUAUCCUGUCUGGCCACAUUACAUGAGAGUGGGGCUGGUAUCUAGACCAGGACAUCAAAAACCAGCCACACACGAGCCAGGUUUCAGACUCAUGCUUUCCCCAGCACUUCACAAGCCUGCUUGGUUUGUCCACUGCAUCCUCCCAUACUUGGAAUUUAUGUAAAUAUUUAUUUUUGUGUGAAUACCAUGAAGUAACAAACCUUUUACAAAAUUUGUAACCAUGGCCAUUUGUGAAAGUCUUAACGUUAGAGCAAGAGAGGCAGAGACAAUCGCUGUCCCGGAAUUCUCUCCAGGAUCCUGUAACGGAGUUGUUGCCUCUGCUCCCCAUGAGAGGCCAUCAAGAACAGUUAGCCAUAAGUUUGCCAUCCAUUUAACUCAAAAAGAGGUUACCCAGGGGCUUACAAACAGAUCAACAUCGGCUGCAGUUUAUUUAGUUUUAUUUAUACAGGUUUUAGCUGUCUUCACCAGAUCACCUUUGAACUUGUCUUAGCCCGUGUCGAAGUCGAGCAGCUCUUGCGCCUGUGUAGCCUGCUGGUAGAGCACAGCCGAGACCCACGGCUGCGUGCGAAGGAUAUGGAAGUCUACUCUGUUGUAACAACUGAGGUUCAUAACUUGCAGCUGAACGGUACCGACUCAGAUUUCCAAAGCCCUGGUGACAGCCGCGUCUGUGACAAGCCAUGAAACUACUGGUGUUGACUCCGUAUUGCGGUCAGGGACCCCCCCGCGAGCGGCAGCUUUAUCGUUCCUUCGGGGCGAGCUCCGUAGGACGUCUGCGCGCUCUUUACCUGAUCCGCGCGCGCUUGCGGCUCUUCUGUGCUCCCAGACCGUUUCACAGGCACGUUCCUGCGUUCUCACUAGACGUUGAAGGGUCAGGAGCCUAGUCUAGGUUCUCAGCAAGGAGGAAGGAGCAGGAGCAGAAUACACCGGUUUCCAGAUUUUCCGAGAGGUGAAAGGAGAAUGCUGGGUUAGCAAAUGGUCUGGAUGUUCUUUGUUUUGUUUAAGAACAGCUAAUCGGUGAUUGAGAUUUUUUUUUAAAACAAAAACAAAAACCACAACCAUCCUGCCCGGAUGUUCAGUUCCCAUGACAGUGUUUCAGCAUGGGAAAGCGUUCCCGGGAUUCCAAGCAGAUGUAACUCGUACCUCCCCGAUCUAAAGGGCCACUUUCUCCCAGAAGUGGCCAUCGGAUUUAGUACCAGUUCAUUAAAAAAAAAAAAAAAUUAAAAAAAAAUGCUGCUUUGAACUCAGAGGGUUAAUAUACUUUUGAUUUGUAAUUUUUUGUAAAACUUUUUACAAGGUAGCAUAGUAUUUCACCAGAAUACCAACUACAAUCCGUCCAUGGUCUGAUUUUUAUAUAAUUUAGUGGUGCUUUAGAAACUUUUGUUUGGUUGUUUCAGAGCUGUACAGCUCCGUUCUUCGCCUGUAUCUACCUAAGACCAAUGUGAACCUUUGUAUUUUUGCUCCUAAUUUUGGACUCAGUGAAAGUGUACUGUUUACAUGUACAGAACUCCCAGCCCCUGUGUGUUCUGCAAGACCUGCUGUUGAAGAGGAAGAUGCACCUCACCCAGUCGUCUGCUUAGCAAAGCCACAGAUUCACUCACUCUAGCGUUGAUCCACAUACCUACCUUAAGGAAGACCCCACAAAACUGAAACACAAAAAGCAAUUUUGUUUUUUGCACAUGCUACUAUAUUUUUUCCAGUAGUCAGUUUAAGAAUUGGCUGCAGUUCAAGAUAAGGAUUAGUCUGAAGCUAAGUUAACUAAAUAACCAGAACUCCAAACAGAGACAGAAUAGUGCAGUGCUGCCAUUUCACCGUCUUCCUCCUGACAUCGGAGGCACAAAGGUGAAAGCUGCUCAGCUCAGUUUAGGAUUCAAACGAUGGGGAAGAGCAAUCAAGCCAGCUAGGGGCUUGCGAGGAAGCAGGGAGGGGGAAACACUCAUCCAGCAUAAUUGGAAACAUACUUUAACUAACAUGGUUAAAUCGCCCAAGAUGUUAAUUUCAGAUUAAAACGGUAGGAGAGCUUUCCCUCGGGAGACGGGGGGCUCUGAAAUGAAGCAGAAGACAGCUCUUUGGAAAGUCAGUGCUUUCCAGAGGGCUCAGAUAGAAAGCAUAUGGCACUUAAUCCAGCUUUUAAGGUGACACUUUAUUGCUUAAUCAAUUGAUUCAUUUUGAAAUGAUAUUUUUGCAGAUAGGCACCUAUGCAACUUAAUGUGGCUCUUAAGCAGAUGAGCACUUCCUCCUCAACGAGCUUGAUAAGAGUUAUUUGUGUUAUAUACUGUGGAUUUUUCCAGUAAAUGUGGCUUAAUAUUUUAAUUCUUAGAAUGUGUGUCUAUUAUAUAUGUGAUGCAACUUAAUUCUGUUCUGUUUGUGGAAUGAUUAGCACAGGCCAACUCCCUGUUCCCUCACUUAACAAAGACCAAUGAGCUGUUAAUCAAGCUGUUAUCUCCAUGGUAUUACUUGCUAAAUGCACUGAUUUCAUAAGUAUGUGGAAUCCUUUUUUUUUCCUUUGAAUCUGUAUAUCAUAUAUAAGACUGAAUCUACUUAAUAAACACUGUAUAACAAAAAGGGCUUUUUCCUCCAGUAUCAGACAGCCGGGGUGCUGAUAGCUCCCGCUUCCGAGGCGCUUUCCAUCCACUGCACCUUGCGCCAUCACCAGCUUGCAAUUGCUCACUGGAGCACAGAUGCAACCCAGCCCCAGCAUGCGCAGUGUGCAAGAGGUCAGUGCGAUUUGCCACCAAAGCAGAUUCUAAAUUUAGGUCUUAAAGGAGAAAAAAAAAAAAGAAAAAAAAAAGGCAAAACAAUGUCAUUCCAUAAUUUUGAAGCAAGCUGUGCUUUCCAUUCCUUAACAGACAGCUACAGUUACUAUAGAUAGCAGCAUUAGCGCUCGUUAAGUGGGGCUAGUCACAAAUUUUAUGCUUAACUUAUAUUUUGACAAAAUUGAUUAAUUUUGUGAAAUGUCUGUUUUUUGUGGAAAAAAAAGAGUUUUCAUUGAAGUUUGUGGAAAGUUCUCCCUCUCCUCAUGGAAAAUACUGAUUUUUCGUAUCAGCUUUAUUCACUAAGUAUAAUAAAUCUUUGCAUCCAUAAAAUGUUGCUCUCAAAGUACCAUGUAGAUAAAACCCUCCUGAUUUACAUCAGUGAUUGCAUGCGAGUCAGGAGGACCAAGGAAAGACAAAUCAAAUCAAUUAAAAACUUUCCAGGAAAGAGUACGCUUACAUUUGUAUAAACAUACCUGCGAUGCAGAACAGACAAGGCUUUCCCAAAGAUUUGCUGCCGAGUCCUUGAAAGAGGGUAAUCAAGAGAACGCACUCCUCCGCCUAACGUUUGUGCUCGUAAAUAGUCACCCAGGACAGGGCAUCCUAAAAUGCUCCUCGUGGAACAGAGCGAAUACAGGCGCACCUGCGUGUGCACACAGAGGUAACAUUAGGAUUCCGUAAUAUACACAAGUAAAGCAUGUUGCAGUGUGUUUUCAUAACACA